AUGGUCAUGGGCCACAUCUCGCGCAUCUGGCACGUCAGGUUCCCGCUCGGAGGCCUCGACGAGCUGGCGAAGGGUCGUCCCGCGACGGUGUACUCUUUUGGCGAGGACUCUACGCUGCAGGCCUGGUCUCUGGCCGGCAGGGAGGCGCCCGUCGUCGCUGCGAGCAUCACGUACAAGGAGACGUAUGCCCGCCACGACGGGAAACACAUCUGGGCUACCGCCGUCACGGAGAAGGCUGACGGGCAGGUUCUGGUCGCCACGGGCGGCGCGGAUAGUAAGAUCAAUCUAUUCUCGGACCGGUCGCUCGUUGAUGGCAGCAGCAGCAGCAACACAACGGCAUCUAAGCUGCGAGAACUGCCGAGCGAGCUGCAGACUUUGGUGAUGCGGGACGUGGUCAGCAAGCUGGCCCCACGAAACCCUGACCACGCGAUCCCCUUGGAGACAAAAGAAGCCUUUCAACGUUUCGCGUUCGUCCGCGAGGACACCAUCGUCGCGACGAGCACCACCGGCCGUCUCCUCGUCGGCUCCUUUGGACCGGAACUCACAUGGACACAGAUCGGGACCGACGGAGAGACGAUGCGCGCCCUGAAUGCCUGCACAAGCUUGAAGAGCCCGGCGCCGGGCCUGGCGCUGAUAGGCACGGCCAACAAGAAGAUUCUGCUCUACCGCGACUCGACUGUACAGCAAGUCGGCACUGUACCCGGUAAGGUAGCAGACAUAUUCCCCCUGCGAAAAUCUUCGGCAGAGGACAAGGGGGCAUCGGAUAAGAAGCUCGAGUUCCUCGUCACCAUGCUAGGUAGCGGGGACGCUAUGCAAAUCCUCACGCUCGACCUCGAUGCCUCGGCCGUCACUUCCAUGGUGCCCGUCCCCGAGCUCGACAGCAGGUUCGUCGUCACGGCCGCCUGCCAGGUCAACGAUCUCCUCGUCCUCGGCUCGCGGCACGGCUACCUCAUCCCGUUCCCGGCACCGGACCGCCGCUCCGGCGACGCAAUCACAUCCAUCAACGUCUUCCCCACCUCAUCUACUGCCUCGGCGGCGGCGGCAUCGCACAUCAUCACGACGAGCCGCGACGGAAACUAUCGCGUCUACGAAACCUCCGACUCCGGCAUCCACCUGCGCCACGAGACCGCGCCCGCAGCGGUGCCGAACCUCGAAGACGCAUGGCUGUCCGACAGCGGCGACCUGAUUCUCUGCGGCUUCCGCAGCAAGAACUUCAUCGUCUGGAACGAGACGCGGCACGAGGAGAUCCUCCGCGUCGACUGCGGCGGCGCGCACCGCGCCUUUGCCUACACCCGGCAGGGCCAGCAAAACAGCAACAGGGACGGAGACCGAGACCACGGCAUGCGCUUCGUCUUCAACAAAGCCGCCACCUUGGGAGUCUACACCCAGCACAGCCCCUCCGUCGCCGCAACCCACCACCGCACCCUCAAGCGCGGGUCCCACGGCCGCGAGGUCCGCGCCAUCGCGUACUCGGGGCACUCUAGGAACUCUGGGCCUCGUCGCUACAUCGCCACCGGCUCUGAGGAUACUUCGAUCCGAAUCUGGGAGUACACCACGGCCGGCGGUGCUUCGCAUGAUGAAAGACGAGAGCUGCGCUGCGUCAAGGUUGUCAAGGUCCACACCGCAGGGUUACAAUCCCUCAAGUGGCUUGGCGAGGACCUGCUCUUCAGCUGCAGCGGAAACGAGGAGUUCAUGGUCUGGCGGGCGUGCGACCUCGGCGGUAGGGGGCUGGGGUUGAUGCGCGAGGCCGUGUUUGCGGAUAAGAGCGAGGACGGGGACCUUCGGAUCACGAGCUUCGACGUCGUGGCGCUGGACAAGGAAGAGAACGGCAGCGUCGCCGUCACCAUGGCCUUUUCCAACUCGUUUGUCAAGACGUACCGGUAUACACCCGGCCAAGGCUUCGAGCUACUCUUCAAGGGACAGUACACCGGCGCCUGUCUCACGCAAGCGCGGCACCUCCGGGUCAGGGAGGGCGUGUUUGAUGUCAUUACGGCCGCGACGGACGGGUGUCUUGCUAUCUGGCGGUCUCGGAGAUCCGAGUACGUCCUGCGGCACACGGAGCGGAUUCACCAGAGUAGUAUCAAGGCCCUCGACGUGCAUUUCACGUCCGAUGACAGGGUUGUGGUCCUUACCGGCGGCGACGACAACGCGUUGGGCAUCGUCACGCUCGUUUCAGGCAGCAGCAGCAACAGCGACUCUGAUAACGAGAAUGACAGCGGUUUCGAGACCGUAACGAGAGCCGGUGUCAGGAAAGCGCACGCGGCGGCCAUCAACGGGCUCACGGUCCUCGGGGAACGAGGAGGCCGGGUAGAUUUUGUGACGGUCAGUAAUGACCAGCGGGUCAAGAUGUGGUGGCUCGGUUGGCGCGAGGGGGUAGAGGAGAUCACGUUGCUGGCGGACGAGUACAGCGGCGUGGCAGAUGCCGGCGACGUUGAGAUUAUUGGAGAUGGCAAGGUUGCUGUCGGCGGUGUUGGGCUGGAGGUUUGGGAUUGGAAGUCUUGAGGGGUUUGGAAAUGACAAGGAGGGCUCGAUUGGCAGAAAAGCAUGACAUGGCUAGACAAAAUAGAUAUGAAGUAGAUGAUGGGAAC